UGCAUGGGAACUAUGGGAGUGCCCAAAUGAUAUUCAAAACGACGGUACAUACAACACAGACCCGAAUUUGCCAUCGCUCUUUUUGUUGUCAUACACUUUGCUUUCAUCUGAGUGAACGGCAAGAAACCUCAUCAGAUUAAGAUCCAGAGCCACCGUCAUUCUUCUUCUCAGCAAUCUUUUCCCCACUUCAGCAGCAAAAUCACAACAGCACUACUUGCUCUCUCUUCAGAGAUUAUUAGAAAUGGGAUCUAGAGGGAUCGGUAGCCUAAUCAAAGUGCUCCUGCAGAACUUCGAUGUUCUCGCCGGGUCUCUCUAAUCCACCUAUCUAUCUGUUCUUCUGCGGCUUUCCAUUUUUAUUCCAUGUUUAGAUUUUAAUUUUAAUUUCAUUUCCAGUUGAACUGGGGCUCUUAGCCUUCGGAAUUACUGUGUGGGGUGGUUAAUCAGCUUUUGCUUUUGUCUUUAUCACGAUUCAUCAUUCGGGGUUUCUCAUUCUUUUUCACCAUUGAUCAUAUUGCAGGCCCGUGGUUAGUCUGGUGUAUCCUCUAUAUGCUUCAAUCAGGGCUAUUGAGACCAAGAAUCCUGUGGACGAUCAACAAUGGCUUACCUACUGGGUUCUCUACUCUAUGAUAACACUUUUUGAACUUACGUUUGCCAAAGUUCUUGAGUGGUUUGCAAUAUGGCCAUAUGCGAAACUGAUUGCUACGUGCUGGUUGGUCAUACCGUACUUUAGUGGUGCUGCAUAUGUGUAUGAGCACUAUGUUAGGCCAUACAUUGUUAAAGGAGAAAUUAACAUCUGGUACGUGCCACGAAAGAAGGAUGGUUUCAGUAAACGUGAUGAUAUUUUAACUGCAGCUGAGAAAUACAUUCAACAACAUGGAAGUGGAGCAUUUGAAGAUAUAAUACACAGGGCUGAAGGAGGCCCUAAAUUCAGGAACACCAAUUAUGUAUUUGAUGAUGAAGGCUACAGAUACUGAGCCUUAUAUGUGGAACUAUGUGAGCAUUUGCUUUGGCGCCUUGAGAGGGAAACAUGUGUAGUUUUGUAAAAAGAAAGCCAUUGUAACUGAUGGUGUGCAAUAUGUUCAGUUAUAGUUUUUCUUUCUAAAGCUUCCGGUCAUGUGAUGACUACUAAUUUACUUUAUUUUGUGAUGCUCUAAUUAUCGUUUGGAAAUUUUUUAGGUGCAACUUAGUUUAUACUUUAUACUCCCUUCUCCGGUUUCUCCAAAACGAUGGCCCAAUAUUUUGGUUUCGAAUAUUAAGAAAGUAGAAGAAUGGCUCAUAUACCCUUAUUUUAUGGUACUACUGUUCACUUCAUAAAAGGGAGUAUGACGACUUGUAUGGAUUGAGUGUUAUUAGGUGUUAGUAAUGAAAGUG